AUGAGCAAUACGAAUAGUAAUCAUUCAAUAAGAUCUACUCGUAGCUCACGUGUCUUAAAACGUCGAGUAAAAUCUGUAAUGGUGCGUGACGCGAAUGGUUCAACUAGUGCGUUUAGACAAUUUUAUCAAAGUGGGGGAAGAGAUUAUGAACAAUAUCGUCGUUGGCUUCAGACAUUAUCAAAAUCGAAUUCGUUAUCAGUUACAUCAACUGAUCUUAGUAAAGUCAAAGACGAACCUUUGGAUAUGAGAACUAAUGCAGUCAGUUUAUUUCCAUCGUUGAUAUUAUCACCAUCAUUACAUAUACAACAACAACAACAACAAUCGCUACCAAAAAUUGUAUAUACACAUAAUUCUCAACGACAUUUGUCAAUACCAAUAAACACUCAACUUGCAUUACCAAUACGUCCAUUGUCACCUCCUUUAUUGACAGCAGCAACAACAACAACAACGUUACAACCAAAAAUUCAAACACUAUGUGAUUAUUCUCAUAUCCCAGUCGUACCUAGUACAUCAUUAUCAUCAUUAAACAAUUGGUCAGUAGCUGAUGUUGGUCGUUUUAUUGAACAACAUUUUCCCAAUAAUAAUAAUAUUGCUCGAAAAUUUAUUCAACAAAAAAUCGAUGGACGUACAUUACCAUUAUUAACUGAAGAUCAUUUAAUAAAAAUAUUUAAAAUGAAACUUGGUCCAGCAUUACAUUUACUUGCUCUUAUCUCUACUACACAAAUACAAAAUUAA